AAACCAAACAAGCAGACCACCUUCUCCACCCGGCCGGCCUUCGUCUUCCUCCGAUCCCCAGGCCCCAGCCACUCCCCGUACAAGCCAAAGAGACCAGUAGGUAGGCAGGCAGUUCAUCGUCGAUCGAGCAAGAUGUCGGACUGGGGCCCCGUGGUGAUCGGGCUGGUGCUGUUCGUGCUGCUCUCGCCGGGGCUGCUCGUCCAGCUCCCCGGCCGCCACCACUUGGUGGAGUUCGGCAACCUGAAGACCAGCGCCGUCUCCAUCGUCGUCCACUCCAUCAUCUACUUCGCGCUCAUCACCCUCUUCGUCAUCGUCAUCGGAGUGCACAUCACCACCGGCGACUAGCUCGAUCGAUCACACGUCUCUGUCGAUUAAUUUCCUGAUCGAUCGGUCUGCUUGGCUUCUUUCUUUUUCAUCUCGUGCAUCUGUGUUACUAUAUAUACUACACCAUACCAUACACGUCUUUCCCACCUCCGACCCCUCUCUGUCCUUCCCAUCAGCAUAUAUACUAGAAUGUCGUGCGUCAGCGCGUGUAUGAUGCUGUCGACCAUGGCAAUCGAACUUAAUUAAUUUCU